UUAGUUUGACCGAGGCUUUCAAGCUGAAAAAUCUGUGCUACUACAACUACUACAUGCUGGUCGAGAAAAUAUGUGUUUUUGUAUAUAAAUAUGUAUGUGUGUAGAUUUGUAAAAAGGAUAAUAAGCAAAAAAUUGUAUUAGACAGAAAAAAAAAACAAGUUAAACAAUUGUUGUUACUUUGCAGCUUUGCAAAAGAAAACGGGACAAAAGUUUGGAGAAAAGCAUACAAAAAAAUAAAAAAAAAACAUUUAUUUUUCGUGUAUUACAAACAAGGACUUUUUUAUUAACUAGUAGCUGCCAGUUACAUCAGUUGCCAAUUGGAGCCUAAUAAGAGAAAACCUUAUAAGAGAUGCUAAAUAAAUAGGCAAACAAAACUUUCUAUUAAAAAAAAAACUCAUCUCAGUGAAAAAAAGUGUAAAGUUUUAGAAAGUUUGCUGUUGUGUAUGUGAAUUUAAUACCAAAAGAAAAAAAAUCCAAUAAUUAUGGAGACUUGUCGUACUUGUGCCAAAUGUGAUUUUGAUAAUGAAACCCAAUGGUUUGAUUUAUUUAAUGCUCCUCGUUGGCAACUUGAAACGGAACGCAUACAUUUGGUGUUAAGUACUUGGAAAAUUAAGAUUUCGUGUAACGAUGGUUUGCCACAAAAAAUCUGCACCGAUUGUUUUUCAAAAUUUUGCACAGUCUCCUCAUUUCGCCUACAAUGCCUGGAGGCACAAACUAUAUUAAGCAAUAUAUUCGAUAAAAUCGAUACACAAAGUAUACAGGAUGAAGAAGUUUUCGAGGGAUUCGCUAAUGAACAGGAUAAUGAUGUAAAAACAGCAACACAGCCGAUAGGAGCAGUUGCAGCAGCAGCAGCUGCAGCGACAUCAGCAGCAGAAGUACUAACAGUGCACUUAAAGUCAAUUGAGCACACAUUAGAGACAACAACUGAAAAGAGCAUAACAAGCAGUAAUAGUAGCAGCAAUAACAAGAACAACAAUAACAACAAUGAAAAUAUCUCCACAUUAAGUGAAAUCUUAAAUCUAAAUCCUAACGACAACACCGAGGUUUCAUUUAGAACCAUAACAAAAUUAUCAAACACUGCCGUUUUAGAAAACGAAAAUAUAAAACCAAAUUUUUAUCAGAGUGUAGUCGAAGAAGAAGACGAAGAUAUUAAUAAUAACACCAACUAUAACAAUAAUAUCAGCAAUAAUACUCCACAUGAGGGAGAAGAAGAUGUCUCUAGCAAUAAUCUUUCAACUAAUUUAAAUAAUAACGAAACAACUAUACUACCAGAAAAUACCAACGAUUUAGAUGAAAAUGAUCUUAUAGAAGAACUAAUCGAAGAACUUGAUAUUAUAGAAGAAAUCACCGAAGAAGAACAUCAAGCGGAAGUGGAAGAGGAGGAAGAGGAGCUGAAUGAUUUGGAAAAUAUACCAACUACUACAAAUAUCACUAUGACCCUGGACCAAGAAGAUGAUGAUCCUUUAGAGAACGAUUUAAAAAUAACCUUUGAAUGUAAAUACUGUUAUAAAUGGAAAAAUAAUGCUACGGAAAAUUUUCUAACCCAGCAAGAUCUAUUGGCUCAUAUAACCAAACUACACAGUUCAGAUCAACCCUAUAAUUGUCCCUAUUGCCAGCAAAUGUUUAUGGAUGCCGCUUCACGGACCACUCACCUAAAGGAUGAACACAGUCAAAAGGUUUACGAAUGUCAAACGUGUGGUAAAAAAUAUGCCGAUAAAUUUAAUUUAAAAAAUCAUGUCGAAAAAUAUCACAGUGGUACCGAUUUCGAUUGUACCCUAUGCGGUAAGAGUUUUUGUUCGAGUAAAAGUUUAAAUUAUCACAUGAAAUGGCACAAUCCGGAAGAGCAAUUAAAGUGUAGUUACUGUGAUCGUUUGUUUAUCAAUCAGCGACAUUUGAAGUGUCACGAGGAGACUCAUACGGGCUAUCGGAGUCAGGAGGUUUGUUCGUUUUGUGGGAAAAAUUUCUUUCAUUUGAAAACACUUAGAUGGCAUAUCUAUCGACAACAUGGUGGUGAAAAGCCCUACAAAUGUGCCCGAUGUACAGAAGUUUUCACAUCAUAUUUCGAAAAACGUCUACACAUGCUCGAAUAUCAUUUGGAUAAUCUUACGUUGAUCGAAAAAACCGAAUGUAUGCUGUGUCACAAACGUUACGAUCACGAACAGGAACUAAAGGAUCAUAUGAUGGAAGAUCACAAGGAAAAUAAGGGAGCCGUUAAAAUCUCCAAUAAUAAACGUGUUAUAAUGAAUAAGAAACCAAAAAGCUUUACGGGUAUAUUUCAAUGUGAAAAAUGUGAUAAACGUUUCAAUAUGAAAUCAGCUUUAGAAAGACACAUGGCUGUGCACUCCACGGAGGGACGACCUCAUGCCUGCCCGCAAUGUCCUAAACGCUUUAAGCGUUCGCAAGAUAUGAAGUGGCAUUUGAAAACACAUUCCUCCGAAAAGCCCAAUAUCUGUGAUGUGUGCGGCAAGGGUUUCGCUUUGAAAUAUGUCUUAACGCAACAUCGUCGAAGUCAUGAAGUUUUAGAAAAGAACUUUACUUGCACCACCUGCGGCCGAUCAUAUCUCUUCGAAAAGUCUUUGCGUUUACACGAACGUAUACACAGUGGUAAAACCUAUUACAAAUGUGAUUUAUGCAGUGAAAGUUUUGUUACACAUAUUAAGUUUAAAUGGCAUAUGAAAAAAAUGCACGACGAGGAAGAAGUGGCUGCUGCUACUAAUUUAAAUCCUAAUAAUAAAAAUAAAACUAACAUUGAGCUGCCAUUGGACGAUUUGGUCAAUAUUGUGAUUACUUAGCAAUAAAUUUUAUACUUUUAAGACAAUAUUAUACAACAAUUGAAACGAAAGAAAUACUUUAUAAAAAGAUAAACAUUUCACAAAUUGCACAAAAUAUUAAAAAUUUUAACUUUAAACUGCACUUAUUGACCAGUAGUUAUGAUUUUAAACAUUAGAAAGUUUAAAAACACACAAAAUAUUUAACUAAAAAUUAAAUAAGCUCAAAUACCAAAAUAUAUUUAUUAAAAAAAUUGCAUUUAUUUUGAAAUGUUUUAAAUUCAAAAAAAGACAUAUGUUUAGAGAUUUAUUAUAAAAGCCUUUAAAAAGGUUUUAAGCCAAAAAAAUUAAACAUUUUAACAAAAUUAAUUAACUAAGUAGAAAGUCACUCAUACACACACAAAUUAAAUGCCUUUAAAUUAAGUCCAUUUAUUAGAAGAAAAAGAAAAGCAACAAAAAAAAAUAGUGAAACCAUUUUACUUUAAUAAUUGUUAAGUUGAAUAUUUUAAUAAUUAAAUAAUAUUUACUAUUACUAUAUUAAUUUAAAUGAAAAUACUUUUUCCUGCGGAAAAUCUAUAUUAGAAACCAUAUAUAU